GUCCACCAUACAAACAAAGACUUGCUGUGACUUGACCUUUCUCCGUGGUUCUUUUUUGCAGUAUCCUCUGAGUGCACCUUUGUUUCCAUUUCUUCGAUGGAAGAAUGGUGCAGAUGAUGUACUACUCUCCAACUGGAAUAUUUGCCUCCCAUGGCAACAAGAAAAGUGAUGUUUCAACCUCACUUUCCAACGAAUUGACAAAAACUGAGGCAGCUGAAUCACUCGAGUGGUGCAUCAAUCGAUUGGAUACUCAACAAGCAUCGGUGAAGAGAAGGAUCAACAGCAUAUGCGAAGAGGCACACGAGCUUUGGAAAGAUGCAAAUGAAGCAACCGCCACAUAUGGAAACAAUGUUCAGACACUAAUGCUGUUCCAUGGCCUUGCCUCCAUCAGUCCAUCUUUCUCCAAUUGUUCUAUCCCUAUGUGGCGGCAAAAGUCUCUGUUUUGGUGGCACUUUCAUUCUUCUCUGGAAACGUGGUUGCCUUCACAGUGACUUCAAGAAAAUCCGAGAGGAUUUCUCAGUGUACUAAGACUCUCCAUUGGAAGGAGAUAGAGUUGCAGAAUGAAGUCACUUCUCUUCGAGCUAAGAUCGAGAUGAUCACUUUUUUGCACGAACUCAAAACCUCGAACUCUAGUGGGACUUACGGACAAGUUUAUAGGUUGAAUUCGCUGAGCGGGCACGUUGCUGACUUCCAGAAAACCAUUUCUCAGGCUCUUGAGAUGUCUUGCUCAAUCAGCAGCAAUCAGAUGAAGUCAGUUUCCCA